GCUCUGUUUGGCACGAUGAAGAGGAGGACAACAACGUCCACCUCGUCCUUCCGCAGCACUUCCUCGGGCCCCGCGCGCUCCUUCAGCAGCCGCUCCUACACGGCGGGCCCCGUCGGCGCCUCGCGAAUCAGCACGUCCUAUGCCUCCUCCAGCUACGGGGGAAGCCGCUUCGGCGGCGGGGGCGGCGGCGGCGGCUUCCGAGGCUCGUCCUUGGGCGGCGGCGGCAUGGGAGGCAUCACGGCCGUCAGCGUGAACCAGAGCCUCCUGGCGCCGCUCAACUUGGAGAUCGACCCCAACAUCCAGCAAGUGCGCACCAAGGAGAAGGAGGAGAUCAAGACGCUCAACAACAAGUUCGCCAACUUGAUUGACAAGGUUCGCUUCCUGGAGCAGCAGAAUAAGAUGCUGGACACCAAAUGGAGUCUCCUGCAAAACCAGAAAACCACCCGAAGCAACAUGGACAGCAUGUUUGAGGCCUACAUCAACAACCUGCGCCGGCAGCUGGAUGGCUUAGGGCAGGAGAGAGCGAGGCUGGAUGCUGAGUUGGGCAACAUGCAGGGCCUUGUGGAAGAAUUCAAGAAUAGGUAUGAAGAUGAAAUCAACCAUCGUACUGAGAAGGAGAAUGAGUUUGUCCUUUUGAAGAAGGAUGUGGAUGAGGCCUACAUGAACAAGGUUGAGCUGGAGUCCCGUCUGGAAUGCCUGACAGACGAGAUCAACUUCCUGAGGCAGUUGUAUGAUGAGGAGCUUCGUGUAAUGCAGUCUCAGAUCAACGACACCUCUGUGGUCCUGUCCAUGGACAACAACCGCAGCUUGGACUUGGAUGGUAUCAUUGCUGAGGUCAAAGCACAGUAUGAAGAAAUAGCUGCCAAAAGCCGGGCUGAGGCAGAGAGCAUGUACCAGAUCAAGUAUGAAGAGCUCCAGUCAGUGGCGGGCAAGCAUGGAGAUGACCUCCGCAACACCAAGAAUGAAAUCAAUGAGCUCACCAGGAUCAUCAGCCGGAUACAGUCAGAAAUCGAGGGUCUGAAAGGCCAGCGUGCUAAUCUAGAAGCUGCCAUCACUGAGGCUGAGGAGCGUGGGGAGUUGGUAAAGGAUGCCAAUAACAAACUGUCUGAGUUGGAGGCUGCCCUGCAGAGAGCCAAGCAAGACAGCCGCCAGCUGAGGGAAUACCAGGAGCUGAUGAACGUCAAGCUGGCUCUGGAUAUAGAGAUUGCCACCUAGAAGCUUCUGGAAGGGGAAGAGAACAGGCUGGAGUCAGGGAUGCAGAACCUGAGCAUUCAGACCAAAACAACUGGCUAUUCAGGUGGUCUGUCCAGUGGCUUCAGUAAUUAUGGGGGUGGCUACAGCUCUUCAUACUCAAGUGGUGGAUACUCCAUGAAUUCUUCCCCGCUGGAGAGCUCUGCAGUCACCAAGUCAAGGGCCAUUGUCAUCAAGAAGAUUGAGACUCGGGAUGGGAAGCUGGUGUCUGAAUCCUCAGAUGUGCUGUCCAACUGAGAUAUUGCUUGCAUCCAAAAAGAACCACCUCCAGCAGUUUA